AUGGAUAAUUUACUUGCACCCGUCCAGGAUGCCCUGGAAGGUGAAAUUGACUUCCACGGCCAGCGCCUUGCCGACCUACUGAGCACCGUGUUGCUAAUCGUCAGCUUCCUCGUCGGAUACAUCUACAAAGACAUUCACUUGACACUUUGGGUCGGCUUGGGCGGUACGCUGUUCACUGCGUUCGCCGUGGUCCCGCCCUGGCCUUUCUACAAUCAGAAUCCAGAGGGGUGGUAUAAACAAAACGGUGGGGGAUCAGGGAACCCGAGCGUGGUGGUAGAUGGUGUCAAAGUGGCGUGA